CCACUCCACGUCUUGUUUGGCGCAUGUGUAGACCCGCAACUUUGAGCGGAUAAACAGCUGCUGUGAACCGCAUAGCAACGGAUAAGGAAACGAAGGACAAAACGACCUUUCGGCAAAGAAAUAAACCAAAAUAACUCGCGAUUUAUCCAAUAUAAGCUUACUAAGCGAUUUGUAGCAGCGUUAAAAGCAGCAUCGUGUUGGUUUGGGAGUCCAAAGUUGCAGGAUUGGGCUGUUUUCCGGAAAAGGAGCUUGGUGCAGCUCGGUGCUCGUCUUCGGCCUCCAUUUUCUUGCAGCCCGCUCGGCGCCUCACGUGUCCCGGACUGUCUUUCUCACAUGACCCGUGUGUUUGUCCCCGUGACCACCAGCGCUUCCAUCUCUGUAAAUCAGUGUCGUUGAAUAUCAGCAUUUUUUACGCACACCCCGCAAAAGCUUCACAUGGAUAUGCUGGAGCAGAGCCUGGACAACACGGCGAGUCACGACAAACAGGAUACAGAGGACGUGGUGGCGUUACAGGAAGGAGAAGCAGUGGGAGAGGAGCAGACUGCAGUGGCCAUCACAGGUGUCCCACAGGCAGCGUUUGCAGACCACAAUGUACAGUACCAGUUUCGCACAGAGAACAGUGGAGGACAGCAGGUGACCUAUCGCGUGGUCCAGGUGACAGAUGAUCAACUGGAGGCCGCAGAUGGAUCCGGAGCAGUCAGUGUUGUUUCUGCGGCAGCGUUUGCUGGAGCUCCUCAGGCCGUGGCACAAGCUGUGAUUCAGAACCCAUUCAGUAAUGGAGGCAGUCCUGCUGGGGAGACAGUGGGAGGAGAGACGCGUUUUGCUUAUUUUCCUGCUGCUACAGUGAGUGAUGGAACAGCCACAGCUGUGUCAGUACAAGCCACUGCCGAGCCCACCAUUACACAAGCUGGAGGUCAGUUUUAUGUCAUGAUGAGUCCUCCAGAGGUGCUCCAGACAGCAGCUCAGCGCUCCAUCGCCCCACGCACACACGCUUAUUCUGCAGAUCUCACUGAUGGCGACUUGUUGCAGACUGGCAGUUCAAACUGGAAAGUAGAUGGUCCUCGAGCUCCAAGAGACGAGAGGAGAAGAGCACAACAUAAUGAAGUUGAAAGAAGAAGAAGAGAUAAAAUAAACAACUGGAUCGUAACUCUUUCUAAAAUAAUUCCUGACUGCAGUGUGGACAGCAGAACAGGAGCGAGUAAAGGUGGUAUCUUGUCCAAAGCCUGUGACUACAUCCGCGAGCUGCGUCAGAGCAACCAGAGACUGCAAGAGAGUUUCAAGGACGUUGAACGAGUCGAGAUGGACAACGAGCUGCUUAGACAACAAAUUGAAGAAUUGAAGAACGAUAAUGCACUACUGCGAGCACAACUACAGCAGCAUGGUAUAGAAGUUAAUGGAGACGCAACACCCCAAUGAUGUUGAACUGGAGACUAUUGUAAUAACAUCACUAAUGUUGCUAUUUCCUUCAACCCACCACCACCAAAAGAACCUGGAAACCAAUCACUGAAGACAAUUUUGCAUAAACCUUUGGAUCAUACAAGACAAUACAAGGCACGUGACACUGACAAACUGCUAUUGAACCGCACCACCUGUUCACCAAGAUGUUCCAAGUCUCAACAAAAUUACACAAUAUUUUUCAAAAUGACCUACGCUUACACCAAACCGUAUUGUUAAUUUCAAGUUUAGAUAUGCCAUAGACAUAUUACCUUUAAUGGGAUAAUAAAAAAAAAAAUCUAAUGAUGCUUUUUUUUUUUUUUUUGUUAGUAUAGUUACCCUCUGCAAGUGCCUCUGUGGCAAUAUGGCUAUAGAGAGGUGGAGAAUAUCUUUUUAUUAAUAAUUUCUAACCAUAACCAUUUUAAGAAACAGAUUGUACCUACAAACUGCUGGACUAUCCUAAAUGAACAAUUUGAAAUAUUUUGUUGACAUUUGACGUGUUGAAACUUCUAAAUGUGUUUUGCUUUGUCAUCUUAAUUUAUUUAGUCUGUUUAUGCAUACCAACCAAUGCUGUUUUUUGUGUUGUCAUCUCCCUUUAGCUAUUAAGAAUGUCACUUGAUAACUCAUAUAUUAGACAUUGUUUUCAAAAG